AUGGCUCCCCCUCACCUUCUCCAACUGCAGUCCCCACAGCUGCCAUCUACAAAUAAUCCCGCACCUUCACAAUCAUCAUCCAACUCUACAUCUGCACCUACUUCUUCUGCAUCGACUCCUGUUUCUCGUCUCUCACAGCUCUCCUCGCACAUCAUGGGCUCGACUGCCACCGCGUCGGUCUUCACCCCGGCCCAGGUCGCCCAGGCGCCCGAGGACCCUCUGUUCGGCCUGAUGCGUGCCUAUCGCCAGGACGACUUCGACAAGAAAAUCGACCUGGGCAUUGGCGCCUACCGCGACAACAACGCGAAGCCGUGGAUUCUUCCCGUGGUCAGGAAGGCCGACGAGAUCCUGCACAACGACCCCAACCUCGAUCAUGAAUACCUGCCCAUCUCGGGUCUGGCGAACUUUACCUCUGCUGCCCAGAAGCUGAUUCUAGGAGCUGAUAGUGUGGCCAUCAAAGAAAACCGCGUGACUAGCCUCCAGACAAUUUCUGGCACUGGAGCAGUGCAUCUAGGUGCGCUGUUCCUGGCCAAAUUCCACCCUCGCCAGCCCCGACCGACCGUCUACCUGUCCAACCCGACAUGGGCGAACCACAACCAAAUCUUCACCAACGUCGGCCUGGCCAUUGACAAAUACCCCUACUUCUCGCCCACGACCAAGGGCUUGGAUAUUGAUGGCAUGCUCAGCAGCCUCAAAUCUGCACCUCUCGGCUCGAUUGUCGUGCUGCACCCGUGCGCCCAUAACCCGACAGGCGUUGACCCGACCCAAGAACAAUGGAAGCAAAUCGCCUCGGUGAUCCGCGAGCGCCAACAUUUCCCCUUCUUCGACUGCGCAUAUCAGGGCUUCGCCUCUGGCGACCUGGCACGUGACGCAUGGGCCAUCCGGUAUUUCAUUGACCAGGGCUUUGAGACGUGCGUUUCCCAGUCCUUUGCCAAAAACUUUGGUCUGUACGGUGAACGGGCUGGUGCAUUCCACUUUGUAUCAGGCCCCGGCGCCGAGGCCCAGCGUGCAACCACCAAUAUUGCUAGUCAAUUGGCGAUCUUGCAGCGCUCAGAGAUUUCGAAUCCGCCUGCGUACGGCUCGCGCAUUGCUAGCAUCGUGCUGAAUGACCCGAAAUUGUAUGCGGAGUGGGAGCACGAUCUGAGGACGAUGAGUGGCCGGAUCAUCGAGAUGCGUCGCGGCUUGCGUCAGCGUCUCGAGGCCAAGGGCACUCCGGGGACGUGGGAUCAUAUCACAAGCCAGAUUGGCAUGUUCAGUUUCACAGGGCUGAAUGAAAAACAAGUCCAGAUUCUGCGGGAGAAGUGGCAUGUUUAUAUGACUAAGAAUGGCCGUAUAUCCAUGGCGGGGCUGAACACUCACAACAUUGAUUAUUUCGCCGAGGCUGUGGAUAGCACUGUCCGCGAGACAUCAUGA